CAAUAAACUUAUAUCUGAAAAUUUAUUUUUUAAGAUUUUUAGAAAAGUAGUAAAUCACCCAGAGAAGAAUAUUGCUUAGUAUUUGACAUGGCAACUGUGGUAGCUAAUCCACCGAAAAAGACUAACAAUUCUAAUAAUCAAGCACCAACUGCCGUUCGUAAAAAGUCUGGACCAAAAUUUGAACUUUCUGAAGAACAGAAAAGGGAUAUUAAAGAAGCAUUUGAUCUAUUUGAUACUGAAAAUACUGGUAAAAUCGACACUAAAGAAUUAAAAGUAGCUAUACGCGCUCUAGGAUUUGAGCCAAAGAAAGAGGAAAUAAAAAAAAUGAUUGCAGAAAUAGAUAAAGGUGAUGGAAAAGUCUCGUUUGAUGAUUUUUUAGAUUUAAUGACAGUUAAAAUGGCUGAAAAAGAUACAAAGGAGGAAAUAAUGAAGGCAUUCAAACUUUUUGAUGAUGAUGAAACAGGAAAAAUAUCCUUUAAAAACCUAAAAAGAGUUGCAAAAGAAUUAGGUGAAAAUUUAACUGACGAAGAACUUCAUGAAAUGAUAGAUGAGGCAGACCGGGAUGGUGAUGGCGAAAUAAAUCAGGAAGAAUUUUUACGCAUUAUGAAGAAAACUAGUCUAUAUUAGGUGUAGUAUUUUUAUGAAAGUGCACAAAAGCUUUUAGUUUUUAUGUGGCAGAUACUAUGUAUACUGUAAAUAAGGUUCCUUACCAACCAUUUGUUAAGUUAAAAUGUGUAGGUAGUGUAAUGUGUUGUUUUAAAAAUACGAAGUUAAUAUUCAGAAUGGAACUCAAUGAGCUCAAUAAAAAACUAUGAAGGUAGCUCUAAAAUAUAAAGUUAAACAAUAGACUAAAAAAUUUCUUAAUUAUAUUUCCAAAUGCGUAUAUUACAUCUCUCAAUCGAUGUAGUCAACCUCAAUUUAAGACUGCUGUUAAUUCUGUUACACAAUUUAUAUUUUUAAGAUAGUCUAUUUAUCUUUGUAUACUUCUAAUUGCUUGUUAUUCUGGUAAUCCUAGUAUUAUACUUAUUUCUUGGUAGGAUAAAGAAGACUUCGUGGAUUGGCUUAUGCAAGUAGGUUCAAAAGUUUUAAGUUACAUAAUAAAAUAGGCCUUAAUAUCCAUUUAUGAUUUUUAAAUAGAAGUUGACUUUACACUACUUUUUAGUGUAAUCAGUCUCCCAGCAAAUAAUCUUGGUCUAAUUGAUAAAUCUGUCUUGUACUUAAAUAUUAGUGAUUUCUCAUUUAUAAAAACAUUAAAAAUAUUUGUGUGUCAAUUUCCUUUUUAUAAACAUUAGGAAUUACAUCACAUGUGUCUUUUAUUCAGUAUUAUUUGCACAAUUAUUAUUUAAGGUUAGUUAAGACUUUGCCUAAUAAAAACAUAUAUUCUAAAAUAUCUUUGUUUAUGUACAAAAACUAAGGUCACAUAAGUUAUCUUUGCAAUGAUAGCAGCAAACUAACAAUGGUUCUAUAAUUUUUGAAUACAUAUUUAGAUCUGAUAAUAUUUUCUAUGUCUACUGAAUUUAGUUUUGGAUUCUGUAUAAAAUAUUGGAUAUUAAAUGUUUAUGAAAUUAUCAGUGUUUUAG